GGGCCCCCAGGCGGAGCGACAGGCAUCGGGCCCCCAGGCGGAGCAGCGGGCGCAGGGCCCCCAGGCGGAGCAACAGGCAUCGGGCCCCCAGGCGGGGCGGCGGGGGCGCUGGGCCCCCAGGCGGAGCGGCGGGCUCCGGGCCCCCAGGCGGAGCGGCGGGCGCCGCGUCAUCUGGCAAGGCAGUGGGCACCGAGUCACCAGGCACAACACGGGCAUCGGGUCUCCAGGUAUGACAGCGGGCACUGGGUCACCAGGCAUCAGGUCAUUUGGCUCGCCAGCGGGCACCGCGUCAUCUGGCAAGGCAGUGGGCACCGAGUCACCAGGCACGACAGUGGGCUCCGAGUCAACUGGCAUGACCGUGGGCACUGGGUCAGACAUUGGAUCGUCUGGCCUGACAGCGGGGAUCGGGUCACCAGGCAUGACAGCGGGCACUGGGUCAUCAAGCAUUGGAUCGUCUGGCUCGACAGCGGGCAUCGGGUCACCAUGCAUGACAGCGGGCACUGGGUCAUCAGGCAUUGGAUUGUCUGGCUCGACAGCGGGCAUCGGGUCACCAGGUACCGGAUCGUCUGGAUCGACAGCGGGCACCGGGUCAUCUGGCCGGGCAUCGGGUCACCAGGCAUGACAGCGGGCACUGGGUCAUCAGGUACCGGAUUGUCUGGAUCGACAGCGGGCAUCGAGUCAACUGGCAUAAUAGGAUCAUCAGGCUGGAUCAGCUGGGUGGAGGCAUCAGGCUGAAUUGUGGGCGCCGAGGCACC